GGAAGUCGUAAACACCAUGCCGAUUGCCAUGUCUUCACAUUCAAGGAGUAUUGAUGAGAUAUUGAGUGGUGCCCUGUGACUCGUUCACACAUCUGUAUUGUCAGGUCAUGUAAUUCAGGGCUUGCAGGUGAAUAUGUACGUGAUACAGUGACUGCGGGUCUUGGUUAGAUGCCUUGCUUCGUUCUCCAGCGUCACAAACCCAUCACAACAUCUACCAACGACAUAUUGGCAAAAGGCUUAGAUCUCUUCUGAGAAUCCAAGAGUAUCCUAUACCUUCUCGGACCUCUCCAAAGACUCUAGAGUCGAGUUUCUAAGCGAUCCAUCCACACCUGUCACGUCAUACGGCUUGUCAACCAACAGUGGCGUAGCAAACCGGACCAACACAAUCAACUUGAUCAGAUACUCCUUUUGUCUUAGGUACUUCCUUGCUUUGAAAACCGAGUCCAAAAUUCCCGGUAUUGCAUUCGACUCGGAGAAUCUUUUGACGUGAAGUUCCUGACGUGGUCGAGGCCCCCCUUCAGAUACCCCCAAAAGCUGCGGUCUUCUACUCUUUCCUUUACACCAAGGUCUUCUCGUCGCUCUUCUUUGAGUUGAUAAAGACGAUGGGCUAAUUAAAUACAGGAACUAAACUAUCGUUCCAUCUAGCUUCGAACAAGAAAGCGUCCGGUUGGUUGCGAUAGUCAACUUCCACCCAGAAAGCUGAACUGAACUCCAAUCGACACUGGAACCUUGAGGCUCGUUGCCAGAGGAAUCUUUUACGCACUCAAACCUCAUAAGGAGUUCUCUCUUUACUCUUCAAAACUUGACCAACACUUGCAAGCGGCUAUCUACCCUCCUGAGACGAAAAUCGAUACUCAAUACAACGCCCCCUCCUGAAGUGCAAGUCUCGAUUUCACGAACAUACCCAAGAUCUCUCAUCUUCCUGAUGAAUCCCUGGUUGUAUUUCCAGACCGCCUUAUAGUCAACGUAUCAAAUACUUUACAACGGUAGCCUUGUUCUGCCGUGUUACUCUGCUUCGCCCCCUCGAAGUGCCUUAGGUUUCACCGCAGUCUGACACAUGAGGCUCUGCUGUCAAUCUUUCACACUUUUUCACAAUCUCUUUUCACAGUGAUGCCUAAACCUUGAUGCCAUACUCACAUCUUGGCCUUCUUUUCCGGUCGCACCUUUUCACAAUUUUCAUAAUCUGCGGUUGAUUUCUAUGCCACGUUAGCACAACCAUAAUUUCUCCUGCAUUCUGACACACCACCUGAGGAUGAUAUCGUCGUCGAUGUAGCUAUUCACGGCUCUUUACUAUCUUCACCGCUCUUUGUCGCGACGGCCUUGCCUUCGAAGUUGAGGCUAUCAUGGCAGAGAUUCUUGGGGUCGCGGCGUCGGCGAGCCAGCUUGGUGUUGCAUGCUUUUCUCUGAUAGAUGUCAUGAGAAAGAUAAAAGGAGGAGAGUCGACACUGAAACGAUAUCAUGAGCAGCUCCAAGAACUUCAGAGCCUUUCUACUAGCAUCUCUGAGAACCCCCUUCUUCAGACCCCUGAGAUUGGGACGCAGACUGACGCACUUCUUUUUAUCAUCAACAACAACUGUUUGAAUUCUUUGUUGCGCAAGGGGCGAGUCCUUCGUACUUGGGGCUUUCUCUAUAAGGAACAAGAUCUUCUUGAUAUCUUUGUCAGACUUGAACGACAGAAGAGCAACCUUUCUCUAGCCAUAGAGCAGAUUCAGUCCAGAGCACUGUAUCAGAUACAAACUGAUAUACAUAUCAUGUCUGAGAAGAAAGGGCCGAGUCCUUCAAUUCAGGGCAAUGCUUCUCGAACCGUGUCCGGGGUUCUCGUUCGUAGGGACUCUUCCAACAGUGCCUAUACUUCAAGCACCCAAGCAACCGCCAUCGACCUAGAAACCAUCAACAAAUCGCUUGCCGACAUCCGCGCUGCUGCUUCGCCUCAGUAUAUGAUGCAGCCAACCAAGACGUCACCCACGACGGACGAACAGUCUUUCGGAAAUUCACAACCCCAGUCCUCGACCAACUACGGCCAAUAUGGUACCCACAGCUACAGGCUGGAUAGUGACAGUGGCCCGCAGUGGAUUAACCCCUUCGCGGGUCUGGGGUGCAAACAGGAGAAUAGAAAGAUCUACGAUAUCAACGCCAGUUUCUCGAAGGAACUUGCCAAGAACCCUCCUAUUCGAUGCGUCUACCACAACCCGAUCACGACAGGAAGCGGCGAUCAGAUCAACAAGAACCUAAUUCUAGUUGACGGAGAUUAUGAAGACUAUGAAGUCCAUAGAGCUUACGAAGGAUUUGUUGUUCCGAAUAUGAAUGGCGAUACAUGGAUUAAUCCGAGUGCCAUCCCCUGUUCUUCAGCACAGGGGAAGGACAGCGCCCCGAGACAGUUCAACGGCGUUGAUAUCCGAAUUAAGAAGAGGAAGAAGAACAUCAAGAAGACGGAGAAGAAGGUGAAGAAGGAAAAGAAGGACAAAUAGGAGAUCAAGCGCUACCGCGUGCAGAGGAGCUAGCCUAUGUAUACUGAUCAAGAUAUUUGGGCAGUCUUAGUUACGUCCGGCUGUGCAAAACGUUGAUUUCUGUUAAGGAGAGACAGUGGCGGUGGGAGCCGGUAGUUUUGGAAGUAGAUGUGCAUACUUGAGGUUUUAAUGCAUCAUAUUUAUGUCUGAA